AUGAUGUAUUAUUUUAUUAUUUUAUUCUUUACUAUAAUCACAAUUGAUUGUCAACCAUUAGAUGAAAUUGUUGAAUGUAACCAUAUAGAUCUAAGUCAAUAUAAAUUAGAUAUAAUGAAUAUUCGUGAACAAGAACAACUUGCUAAAGAGAUUUUAAAUGAAUAUGAUAAAAAUUUAACAACUCUUGCUUAUAUAACAUCAUCCGCGGAAUUUGAAACUCAUCUAUAUUUAAAUGAUACAAGUAAAAAACGUAAAACGGAUAAAUGUUACGAAACUUAUCGUGAUUGUUUAAAAACAAUUGCAGUAGUUGGUAGACAAUUUAAAAAUUUAAUGCAUCAAAAUUCAUCAUUACGUUGGUUAUUAAUACGUACACAAGCUAUUGGUGAUGCUGCACAGAAUGAUACAACGAUUAAAUCUGAUAUACAAAAGUUAAAAACUCGUAUUAAAGAUAUUUAUCAUAGGAAAUUUACGUGGAAUAAUACAAAAAUAGGCAUUGAUGAGGUACAAGAAAUACUUGGUACACUUAAUUCACCAAAUGAUCUUCUUUCAUUAUGGAAUGCAACUUAUGACGUAGCUGCACCAAUGCGUGAUGACUAUUCAGUAUUGAUUGCUUUACAAAAUCAACAGGCCAAACAGAAUCGUACCUCAGCAGUAACCCAUUCUCACAUAUAA